AUGACAAAAAAAAGAGGAAAUGGAGGAAAAAGCAUAAGUUUUGUUCUAGAAAAUGAAACGAAUAAUAUUAGUUAUGAUAAAAUUAAUGAAGAACAAGAUGAAACUGAAGAAGAAUCUGAAAUGAACGUAGAGGAGUCAAGUGAGAAUGAGUUUCUUCAAAAUGUAUCGGAAGAGAACGAAUCGGGUGAUAACCAAACAGGUGAGAAUGAUUCUGAGGAAGAAGACUCAGAAGAAGAUGAAGAUUAUGAACUAAAAAAUUAUGGUAUAGCGCUCGAGUUACCUCAACGAAAAAAUCGAGGUAAGAAUAUGAAAAAACUAAUCGGAGAAGACUUAGAAAAAGAUGAACAAUUUUGGAAUGAUAGCAUAUGGGAGGAAGAAGAAAUAGAUGAAGAAUAUGUUAAUUCAGAAGGAGAAGAUGAAUAUAUUGAUAUUACAGACUCAGAUUUUGAUGAUGAUGAAGAUAUUGAUGAAGACGAAGAAGAUGAAGUUGAAGAUGACGAACAGAAUAAACAUGGCGCUGGUAGACGUCCUAUUGAAUAUGAAGAAAGGCAAAAUAAUAAAAAAAAAAGUUUUGCAUAUAUAGAAAAAUUAAAAAAAGAAAAACAAAACAAAAUAAUGAAAUACCAUUUAAUGAAACAAAAACAAAAUGAACUAAAAAAAAAUAAGGAACUAAUUCCUAAUAAAUUAAAAAAAUCGGAAGAGGAUGUUACAGAAGAACAAAAAGAACAAGUAAUAAAAACAAAAGAACAAUUAAAAGAAGAAAGAAGAUUAAAGAAAAAAAAAAAAUUAGAACAAGCUUAUUUAUACCUAAAUAGAUCUACGAGAGAUACAACAAGAAGGAAAACGGAAUAUAUGGAAAAAGUUUUUGAAAUGAGAAAAAUAAAAAAAGAAAAUCGUUUUAAAAAAUUUGGUGCAAGAAGAAGAGAAAAAAAAAGUAUGCAAAGAGAAAUGACAAGAGAAGAAAGAUUAGAAGAGGCAAAAAUUACAGAACAAUAUAAUAUUCAAUCUUUAUUACAAUUACAAGCAUGGGAAGAAGAAAAAAAAAAAUAUGUAGAAAAUAAAAAAAUAAUGCAUUAUAAACCACAAAAUGUAUUUAUUAGUUUUAAAUAUUCCAAAGAUAAAACAAUUCCGACGAAUGAAAAAUUAACAUAUCCUCAAGAUUUAUAUGAUUAUUACACAUAUAAUGAAAAUACAACAAUAAAUAAUGAUAUAAUGAAUCAAGUAAAAAAAGAAAUAAAUGUUAAUAUAAUUAAUAACAACCAAACAGUAAAGGUUGAACAUGAAUUAUAUAAUAAUCAUAAAGAAAACAUAAAUAAUCAAAAAAAAAAUUCUACUUUAUCAUUGAACAUUCCCCCCCAAAUAAUUUUAGAUAAUAAAGAACAUCAAAGUAAUUAUGAUGAGAAAGAAAUUUUGUCAAAUCAAAAUUCUAAUGAUAAUACAAAAGAUGAAAAAAAAAAAGACGAACUUAUCUUAAAUCCAAUGAACUUGGAGAAUUUAGACCAAUGUGAAGAUUUAAAUAUACAAUAUCUAAAUCAAAUAGAUGAUAUUAAUUUUGAUAAUUUAAAUAAAAAUAAAAAUAAUAUAAUAAAUUCUACUUCAAAUAAUGAAAAAAUUUAUGAUGAUAAUAAAAAUAAUUCAAAUGUAUUAAAUCAAGAAAUAAACAGAAAGACAGCUUUAACUAUUCCAGAUUAUGAAGAGAAACAAUAUUAUAUUGUGACCAAUGAAAAUGAGCUAAAUAUUUAUAGUAAUUUUAAUGAUCAAAAAGAUGAAAUAAAAGAAUUUAAAAAUAAAAAACAAAAAAUUUGUGCUAUAACCAAUUUGGAAGGUAAAUAUUUUGACCCCUUAACACAACAAUAUUACAAUAAUGCACAGGCAUUUAAAACCUUACGUUUAUAUUAUCAUCAAAUAUCAUACAAUAAUUUAAAUAAGGAUAUAUGUCUAACAGUCAAACAUUUCAAAAAUAAAUUAACAGAAAUAGAACAAUACAUAAAUAGUAAUAAUAAUUAUAAUACUUGUAAUGAUAUGCCUUGUAAUAAUAAUGUUAAACAUUAA